AUGUCCGACUCACCGGCUGCCCGCGUGAGCCGGCCUCACGGCCCUUUUAUCGGACGUGACUUCGAUUUUUGGAAGCGACGGCGUCAACCUCCAUUUCGCAAAACCGAAGCCGAGCUAAGCCUUCUGGAAAAUUUACAGGGAAACAACCAAGUAGCUGCGCCGACUCAGGCCAAGUCGGCUUCUGUGCCAAACACCAAAGGCCCCGAUGUGAAACCUCGUCUUCUUCUAAUGGGACUCCGCCGGAGCGGGAAGUCAUCUAUUGCUAGCGUGGUGUUUCAUAAAAUGCCGCCGAAUGAAACAUUAUUUUUGGAAUCCACCACGCGGAUCCAGAAAGAUUCGAUCCAUUCGUUUAUGGACUUCCAAGUCUGGGAUUUCCCCGGUCAGCUCGAGUAUUUUGAGUCUGCGUUUGACCUCGAAGACAUCUUCGGUAGCCUAGGUGCCUUGGUCUGGGUUAUUGACGCACAGGAUGACUACCUGGACUCGGUGGCGCGGCUCAACCGUACUAUCCUGACUGUCCAGCAGUUCUACCCAGGUAUUAACAUCGAAGUCUUCAUCCACAAGGUGGAUGGGCUAUCCGAUGAGUACCGCACGGAUACUUUCCAGGACAUUGUCCAGCGCAUUUCAGACGAGCUCAGCGACGCUGGAUAUGAGAAUGCACCAGUGCACUACUACCUCACAUCCAUCUAUGAUUACUCCGUGUUCGAGGCAUUCAGCAAAGUGAUUCAGAAGCUGAUCCCCAAUCUGUCCACACUCGAGAAUCUUAUCAACACCCUAGCCAACAACUGUGGCUUCGAAAAGACCUACCUCUUCGAUGUUUUGAGCAAAAUAUAUAUCGCCUCUGAUACCCGCCCAGUAGAUAUGGCUUGCUACGAGAUGUGCUCAGACUAUAUCGAUGUAAUCGUGGAUAUAUCUGAGCUGUACUCGUGGGAUCAUCCUGCGCGCAAACGACUAGGCGACCAAAUCCAAGAAGCGGAAAGUCAUGUAGUGCUACAUGACCAAACUAUGAUCCACCUGAUGGAGAUGAACAAGUAUCUCUGCUUGGUCUCCGUGAUCCGCAACCCCGAAGCAAAAGACAAACGGGGGUUGAUUGACAUGAACUGUCGCACAUUCCAGGACGCUCUCAAUGAAGUGUUCUCCCGUAGCUGGGAAGAAGGGUCUGCACCCCAACAUGGGGCCGCUGUGACUGAAAACAAGUGA